AUGACUCUCAAAGACGGCCUUUAUCAUAUCCAUUACUCUCCUGCCCCCGACUUGAUCGGCGGCAUGUACGCCACUGGCGGACAGGUCGAGACUUCAGUUCGCGCUGCGGCACUUCGACCGGGUGUCGGUCUCCAAACUUGGCUCAUUCAACAUGCUGACGAAGGCUACACCAUUUCAAACCCAGGCCUCGAUCCCCACCCUCCAUUGGAACCCGGACCAGUUCUCCCUGGUUGGGGUCGCAUGACUGAGGCAGAGAACGAGCCUGUUCUUUAUACCGUCCGCAAUCUGAAGAACUGGAUUAUCGCACCCAUUGAAGACGGUGCUCCCGAGGGGAAAGAAAUCUAUAGCAUCAGGGCUCCAACCCGUCUCAAAAUCAGACUCAUCUUCUAUGUCAAUAUUGACAAUGAAACCCUUGCUUUGAAGGCGUACCCAGUCACCGAGGAGAUGCCUCCCGCCCCUCGCUGGCAACUCCUCUACAACGGACUGCCGCCAAUGUGA